CUUUAAGUUUGGAAGAAAGAUAUUCUAUGCAAACUAUCUGAGUGACCUUGAGGAGCAUGUGAAGUUGGAACAGUUGGGAAUCCCAAGCCAGGUGCUAAAGUAUGAUGAGUAUCUGAGAUCACUACAAAAACCUACCCAGGUGCCUCAGAAAGUAACACCACCCCGUCCGCCUCUGCCAAAUCAGCAGUUUGGAGUUUCUCUCCAACAGCUGAGGGAGAAGAACUCAGACCGGAAUCCUAUCCCAUUGGUGAUCAGAGAAACCAUUGCUUAUCUACAACAGCAUGCUCUUACCACACAGGGGAUUUUCCGGCGAUCUGCAAAUACACAAACAGUAAGAGAGGUUCAACAGAAAUACAACAUGGGAUUGCCUGUGGAUUUUGCAACAUAUGAGGAUGUGCAUCUUCCAGCUGUGAUUCUCAAGACCUUCUUGAGGGAUCUGCCUGAGCCUCUGCUCACCUUUGGUCUCUACAGUGAUGUUGUCAAUUUCUACAGUAUGGAAGAAGAAAAGAGUAUAGAUAUUGUUCGCAAAACACUUCAGACUCUUCCAGAGGAAAACUAUCAAGUUCUGUGUUUAUUAAUGAACUUUCUUGGGCAGGUCUCUGCCAACAGCGAUAUCAACAAGAUGACCAAUGCCAAUCUGGCAGUAGUAUUUGGCCCAAAUCUGUUGUGGGCUAAAGAUGCAGCUAUAACCCUCAAAGCCAUCAAUCCUAUCAACACCUUUACCAAGUUCCUCUUGGACAACCAGGUGCAGCUUUCCCAGAACACA